CCGGGCUGCACCGCGCUGGUCACAUGAACUCCGGCUUUCUCUGGUGUGACGGCUCUCUCCGAUCCCUUUGUGAGCGCAGGUUUUGAAAGCCAACGACCGGGUUCUGGGUUUGAGACGCGCAGGCAGCCGCCGGCGGAAGGCUGUCGGAGCCCAUCGGCCCGCCUCCAGAGCCAACGCGCCGCGCGGGCCGCGCGCCCCGGAUUCCGCUCCGCCGCCGCCCGCCGCGGCCUGGCCCGAGGGCGCCGGGCCGCCAGGACGCCAGGUCCAGCAGCUGGACAUGGAGGACGAACACUCAUCACCUCUGUCAUUCUCUGGCGUUCCACACGAAGAGUCUGUGCAUCAGGCCCCUGCUGGACUCCCCAGAGAAACUGUGUUCCCUUCUUGCAUUCUUCCCCCCAAAGAAAUUCCUUCCUUGUCUCCCACCGCCCCCCGGCAAGGUCCCCUGCCCCAGACUGACAGUACUCCUAAGCAAGAGACUUCUGGCCAGAUGUCACAUGUUCUCCAGAAGGGACCUUCACUCCUGUAUCCUGCCACCUCUGAGCAAGACACACACCACCAGGUAUCCCUGGCUUCCCAAGAAGAAACCCAGUACUCUCCUUCAGCUGCUGGUCAGGGGACCCCUCUCCUUUCCCACUCCAUCCAACAUCAGGAAGCUCCACCCCACUCUCCUGAGGUUCCUGAGAAAGACUCGCUGACUCUGUCGCCCACGGUUCCGGAGACUGACAUGGAUGCCCUGCUCCAGAGUCCCACUUCGCAAAAGGACACUCCUUUUCCUACCUCCUCUGCAUCCCAGAAGGAGCAGCCGCUGCCCACCACAGAGAUCACUCGCCUGGCUGUGUGGGCUGCCGUCCAAGCAGUGGAGAGGAAACUGGAGGCCCAGGCCAUGCGGCUGCUGACCCUGGAGGGCAGGACAGGGACAAAUGAGAAGAAGAUAGCAGACUGUGAGAGAACGGCUGUGGAGUUUGCAAACCAUCUGGAGAGCAAGUGGGUCGUACUGGGGACUUUACUGCAGGAGUACGGGCUGCUGCAGCGGCGCCUGGAGAACAUGGAGAAUCUGCUGAAAAACAGAAAUUUCUGGAUCCUGCGGCUACCCCCAGGCAGCAAUGGAGAAGUUCCCAAGGUCCCUGUCACAUUUGAUGAUGUCGCCGUCCAUUUCUCAGAGCAGGAAUGGGGAAACCUCUCUGAGUGGCAGAAGGAGCUCUACAAGAAUGUAAUGAGGGGCAACUAUGAGUCUCUGGUCUCUAUGGACUAUGCAAUAUCCAAACCAGACCUCAUGUCACAGAUGGAGCGUGGAGAAAGGCCAGCCAUGCAGGAGCAAGAGGACUCUGAGGAGGGUGAGACACCCACAGACCCCAGUGCUGCACACGAUGGCAUCGUGAUUAAGAUCGAGGUGCAGACCAAUGAUGAGGGCUCAGAAGAACUGGAGACACCAGAGCCGCUGAUGGGACAAGUGGAGGAACACGGCUUUCAGGACUCAGAGCUGGGUGACCCCUGUGGAGAGCAGCCAGACCUGGACUUGCAGGAACAAGAGAACACGCUGGAGGAGUCCACCGAGGGCUCCAGCGAGUUCAGCGAGCUCAAACAGAUGCUGGUGCAGCAGAGAAACUGCACGGAGGGGAUCGUGAUAAAGACUGAGGAGCAAGAGGAGGAGGAGGAAGAAGAAGAGGAGGAUGAGCUGCCACAGCACUUGCAAUCCCUUGGGCAGCUAUCCGGGAGGUACGAGGCCAGUAUGUACCAGACCCCCCUUCCUGGGGAGAUGUCCCCCGAGGGCGAGGAGAGCCCCCCACCCCUGCAGCUGGGCAACCCAGCAGUGAAGAGGCUGGCGCCCAGCCUUCAUGGACAUUCACAUGGGCAUGGUGAGCGGCACCUGGGUGAGAACCGUGGGUCCUCCAGCCAGCAGCAGCGGAAUCGACGAGGCGAGCGGCCCUUCACUUGCAUGGAGUGCGGCAAGAGCUUUCGGCUGAAGAUUAACCUUAUCAUCCACCAGCGCAACCACAUCAAGGAGGGGCCCUAUGAGUGUGCCGAGUGUGAGAUCAGCUUCCGCCACAAGCAGCAACUCACACUUCACCAGCGCAUCCACAGGGUGCGCAGCGGCUACGUCUCCCCGGAGCGCGGGUCAGCCUUCAAUCCCAAGCACUCGCUCAAGCCGCGCCCCAAGUCGCCCAGCUCAGGCAGUGGUGGUGGCCCCAAGCCCUACAAGUGUCCCGAGUGUGACAGCAGCUUCAGCCACAAAUCAAGUCUGACCAAGCACCAGAUCACACAUACGGGAGAGAGGCCCUACACGUGCCCGGAAUGCAAGAAGAGCUUCCGCUUGCACAUCAGCCUGGUGAUCCACCAGCGUGUGCAUGCUGGCAAGCACGAGGUCUCCUUCAUUUGCAGCCUGUGCGGCAAGAGCUUCAGCCGCCCAUCGCACCUGCUGCGCCACCAGCGGACUCACACCGGCGAAAGGCCCUUCAAGUGCCCGGAGUGCGAGAAGAGCUUCAGCGAAAAAUCUAAGCUCACCAACCACUGCCGCGUGCACUCGCGCGAACGGCCGCAUGCAUGCCCCGAAUGCGGCAAGAGCUUCAUCCGCAAGCACCACCUGCUGGAACACCGGCGAAUCCACACGGGUGAGCGGCCCUACCACUGCGCCGAGUGUGGCAAGCGCUUCACACAGAAACACCACCUGUUGGAGCACCAGCGAGCACACACUGGCGAGCGGCCCUACCCCUGCACGCACUGCGCCAAGUGCUUCCGCUACAAACAGUCGCUCAAGUACCACCUGCGGACCCACACGGGCGAGUGAGCAUGCGCCCCGCCCCUGCCCUGGCCAGAUGAGCAGCUAGGUGCAAGGUUCUAUGGUCCCUGGGACCGGUGCCUCAGUUGCCCCCAGGCUGAGCCCAGUGGGCGGGAGCGGGGCGCCCCAAGCCCUUCUGCUGUGAACCCUCCUCCCCUCCUGUCCCUUCUCCCCAGGACGGGUAGUGAAACCAGGUCGCUUGUUGCCUGCUUCCCCCAGGGUCCCAGGGGGGGAGCUCUUGGGCCUGGGGAACCCCUUCAGGCUGUUAAUUUCCUUGACAAUAAAAUGGAUGAAAACAAUCUGCACGGGGGCAGUGAUUUGGCUGCCAGCCACUCACAGGCGGCGAUGCAGGGCCAUUUAGUCCGGGAUAGAACUUUCUAAUUACCUUUUGGAUACUGUGGUUCUAUUUGA